AUGUCCUUUUUUCGCGGUAUUGGUACCCGGCUGCCCCAGGCUUUCGGCGCCAUGGAUUUGGACGAACUCGAAGGUCCCCUCGACGAGGCGCUUCGUCGUGCUCCCGGCCUGCUCCAGCACCCGUGCACGCGGGCCGCCGCCACGCGUGCGCUGCUCGCCCGGCUCCCGUGUGAGGAGGCACGUGGCGCUCGCUCGAUCGCCGCCCUGCUGAGUGCGCACGGCGAGCGGUCCCUGGAGGUAAGCACGGAGAUUUUUGCGGUGCUGCCGCUGCUCGACGCUCCGGCGUGUCGCGAGGUGCUGGGCCACCUGCCCACCCUUGUUGGCGGCUCUGACGCUGAGGCGGACGGGAUGAUGGAGGCGGCGCGCGCAGUGAUGGCGGCGGACCGCUCGCUGCUCGUGCCUGCGAUCGGCGCUCUCUCCGAGGCUUCGUUGCCGGCGUCGCACGCACACGAGUUGGCGCGUCUCGCCGCGGCGGCGCUGCCCCUCGCCGAUGAGUCGGACCUGCCCACUCUGGUCCGCACGCUCGUCGGCUGCCUGUCCGCGCGGUCGGCCGGGCGGGUGCUGCGCGCGCUCCGCUCCGCCCUCGGCCCCGUGUCGAGCCAGACGGUGGUUGGCCACGCUCUGCGAGUCUCCACGCCCGCCGUCUCGUCGCUCCUGCGCCUCUGCGCCUCCUCGCCGCCCCUCUCACGUGGGCACCACACCGUCGCCGCGGACGGCGCCACAGGCACGGGCGUGCGCAUCCUGUCGCUCCUCUGCGCACAGCGGCCGCUCGCGCUGGUCGAGCACGGCGCGGCGCUCUACGAGGCGCUGCUCCAGGCAGGCGGCGGAGGCGGGGGCGCCCUCUCGAGCAGCCAGCUCUCGCUGCUCGUGUACCUGCAGAAGCACCUCUUCGGCGGUCGCACCCAGGCUGCGCCCAACCCGGGCGACGCCGUGGCGGGCGGCGGCGGGGGAGGCGCGCUCUCGGUCGCUCUCUGCCUGGCGGAGGCCAUGAUCGAGUGCACUGGUCCCGAGCCGCGCGCGGCACCUCUGGCACGCGGGGCCGAUGCGGGCGCCGGCUGGCUGCUGGUGCGGCGCCACUUGGCGCUGCUUGCUCCGCCAGAGGCGGCAGCCCGCGAGCCACAUUCGCUGCGAGCUGCGUCUGCGCUCCUGAACUGUGCCGCCGCCGCCGCCGCGCUGGUCGACCCGCGUGGCGGUGCAGAGGUGGCGUGGGGUGCAUCUCGCCUCACGUUUGGCGUCCCGCCGGCUGACGCGGCGCUGGAGGCGGCCUUUCGUGCUGAGAUGGCUGUCGAGCGGCCGAGCACCGCCCCCGCCGCGACCGGCGAGGAAGGGGGCGGUGACGUUGCGAUGCUCGGGGAGGCUGGGCGAGCAGCGGGCGGCUCCGCACUGGCGGGCGAGGGGCCGGAGGCAGACGGCGGCGCGGAGAGUGGAGUGCCGACGGCGCGACGCCCGAGCGCGGGAUCCAUCGCACGGCUCGCGACCCUCGCCACCGCCGCCGCCUCGCUUCUCGGCGGCCAGCUCGCCGCGUGCGGUGCCAACACUUUGCUGCCGGGCAUCAGAUCUUGCGGCGCAGUGGCUUCUCGCUCCCUCGCCCCGGAGUUUGUGGAGGCGCUUCGGCAGCGGCUCUACUUGGAGUCUCUCGCCGCCACGGCGGAGCGGCGGCUCGCCGAGCUCGCAGCCCCGCGCCACGCCCCCGGCGCGCCCAAGCGCGCACGUUCGCCGGUGCCGUCGACCGCCGCCGCCGCCGCGGCGACGUUUCGAGAUGAGGUGUGCGCGUUGCGAUCGCUUGCAAGCGCCGGGGCGACGCUGCCGCCGCGCAUGCUCGCUGCCGCCCUGUCGUCGUUGGUUCCGCUCUGCGGCCGGGACGUCGCCUACGGCCACGGAGGCUGCGACCGAGCCGCCUCCGCCCGCGGAAUGCCGCUGCACGCGCGGACCGAGGCGGAGCGCAAGGCGGCCGCAGGCGCCCCUAGCGGUGGGGGCCGGCAGGGUGCCGAGGGUGUGUACCGGCGCAGCGUCGAGGCGCUGGUGCGCGGCUACCAGCUCCUCUGCCGGAUCCUCGAUGGCGAGCGGCUCGUGCGCGGGGUGGACACGCUCGAGGAGAGCCUCUCCGGGACGGUGCCGCCCAGUACCGACGUGCGAUCCAUCGCCGCUGGCCGCGACGGGUCGAACACGACGCUCGCGGCGUGGGCCUCGCAGCUCUCGGCGCAGGCAACCUCGCUGUCCGAGCCGCAUGCCGCCGUCGCUGCGCUCCUGGCGGCGCGUGCCCUCGCGCCGACGCCAAACGAGGAGGGCGCCGCGGGCGGCCGUGGCGCCAGCUCGCCGUGCGCGCGCGCCAAUCGCGCCCUGCAGCGCGCCGCCAUCACGUGCUUGCGAGCCGUCUACCCGCUCCGGCGGGCGGAGCUGGCUCGGCUGCUGCCGCCACUGCCUCAGGAGGUCGCACGGUCGCCCGCCACGGCCGCAGCCAUGUCCGCCGCCCUCCGCUGCCCGAGCGCGCGGCGCAACGCCGCGCUGUGCGGACUGAUGCAGGCGGCCACGGCGGCCGGCUCGACGAGGGCUGCAAGCCGGCCUCGCCGAGAGCCGGUGCCGCUGCUGAGCGGCGGCGGUGUCCACGCGGGGCUCCUUCUAUGCGCGGCACACGUGACGGCCGCUGCGCGCGCGGCCAUCCCGCUCGUCGCCACGUCGCUGCAGCGCUCCGCCGCCUUCGCGGCGCGGCUGUAUGCGCUCGGCGCCGACGCGCUCUCCCUGCUCGCGCUGGCGGUGCGGGCGGAGUCCGCCGGCCGCCGCCCCUCGGGCGAGGCCGGAGCGGCGUGCGCCGUGUGCGCGCAGCUCCUCGCGGUCUCGCGCGAGCUCCUACUCGCUUGCGUCGACGCGCGCUGUCAGCCUGGCGUCUCGGUCAGCCGCUCUGCCCUGUCGCCUCCGCUGGCGGGCGCGACUUGCCUCGCCCGUCAGGCGCGCCGCUUCGCCAGCGGGCUCAAGCGGGACGGUGAGGCGGCUUGUGCUCCACCGCAUCGCGAGGCGGAAGCCGAAGCCGAGGCGGAGAUUGGCGAGGCGGCGGCAGCGGACCCGGGUGGUGCGCCCCGCACCAACCGCAGGGCGACAGGCUCGAGGGGCCAGCAGCCGGCCGCCAAGCGGCGCUCCUCUCGCGUCGGGGGCCGCGGUGCGACCACGGCUCGCUCCUCCACCGCCGGGGCGCGCCGAGCCCUGCUUUGA